GGUGCGUCCACAGCCCAAGAGGGAGGAGUCGGUGCGUCCACAGCCCAAAGAGGGGGGAGUCGGUGCGUCCAUAGCCCAAGAGGUGGAAGUCUGCGCUUCCACAGCCUUAGGACCCAAGCUGCAGUCCCAAGAGCCAGAAGGGGAGGAGUUACAGGCUCAACCCCCUGAAUUUUUCUGGGGGGGAGAAGGGCAGGAUGCUGGUGUUCCCCAGCAGCCUCUAUUUAUGCUGCUGAAGGGAGCACGGCACACGCCAGCCCAGCCGCCACAGCCUCCCUCUGAGUGGCCAGCAUCCGCCCCAUCGCCUCUGCCUCCACCACCACCAGGAGCAGAGCAGCAGGAGCUGCCUCUGUCUCCACCACCACCAGGAGCAGGGCAGCAGGAGCUGCUUCUGUCUCCACCAUCACCAGGAGCAGAGCAGCAAGAGCUGCCUCUGCCUCCGCCACCUCCACUAGCAGAGGGUGAAUGCCUGCUGGUUCCACAUCCACCGUCGUGGGAGGACUGCUUGCCCCUCCCACCUCCACCAGCAGAGGGUGAAUGCCUGCUGGUUCUGCCUCAACCGUCGUGGGAGGACUGCUUGCCCCUCCCACCUCCACCAGCAGAGGAUGAAUACCUGCUGGUUCCGCCUCAGCCGCCGUGGGAGGACUGCUUGCCACUCCCAGCUCCACCAGCAGAGGGACACAGGGUACGAGGGAGAAGUGGAGCUCCCGCUGCCGCCUCCAUGGCCAGGGGCUCCCCUCCCGAGUUCGCCUUCCGAGGGUCCGCUGCGGCUGCCGUCGCCUUCCGAGGGUCCGCUGCUGCUGCCGUCGCCUUCCGAGGGUCCGCUGCUGCUGCCGUCGCCUUCCGAGGGUCCGCUGCUGCUGCCGUCGCCUUCCGAGGGUCCGCUGCUGCUGCCGUCGCCUUCCGAGGGUCCGCUGCUGCUGCCGUCGCCUGGGGUCGCCAGGGAUCCUGCUUCGCCUGGGGUCGUCGAGGGUCCGGCUUUGCCUGGGAAAAAGAGGAUGAAAGAAGAGAGAGACGAAUCGAAAAAUGGGAGGGCGCAUCAAUGAGACGAGGCUGGGGUCUGGUUGGAGAACUCUCUGAUGGUAGCAAACACCAAACAAAGGGGGUUGGCACGCAGUGUGACCGAGCGGGCGAGGUUACUGGGCCAUCCAGGGCAGAGGCCAUUCCAGCAGACAUAUGGGACCGAAGCGGGCACUUAGUGUGGGACCAGAAAAACUAUUCCACACUGGUGCACACUUGGGGGCAGGUAAACGCUGUUGCCAAGUUGGAUGCCUACCCCAUGCCUCAGGUCGACGAGCUUCUCGACAAACUGGGAACGGCCAGGUUCAUCUCAACUUUGGACCUGACGAAGGGAUACUGGCAGAUCCCAUUAACCCACAGCUAUAGAGAGAAAAUUACAUUCUCUACUCCUGAUGGUCUGUUCCAUUUUAUAACCAUGCUGUUUGGGCUACAUGAUGCACCCACGCUGCCUUUCAUACUGAUGGACCAGGUCUUACACCCACAUCAUGUGUAUACGUAUAUUGUAUAUACGUAUAUUGACGAUAUGGUUAUCUUAGUGUAUCCAUAG